AUGUACCAGCUCACGGCAGAGGACCUCGACGACACUCAUGAAGAUGAUACUCCUGUCAUCCGCGCUGCAGCCAAACCCAACCCGGCCAUCCUUGAAGCUAUUUUGGCUUGUUACGCAGCAUCCAGCAACAAAGAGAACCUGCCCCUAAUAGAAUGGAGACAGAUAGAUAGUUUAUCACCCAACACAACCGUGAACAUGUAUGGCAGAAUCCAGUCUCCCAUAAACGCCGCCAUCGGCGCUAAUUUACCAGAUAAUGUCCGCCUUCUCCUAGCAGCGGGCGCAGAUCCGAACAGCAUCAAGGCCAGGGAUAUGGCAGACUAUUCAAUUGGCCCAUUAACUGAGGCGGAGUUGGACAAGCGUCGCCAUGGCUUUCCUCAUUUCUGGACGGAGCCCAACAUUCCCAAACAAGGCCUGCCGAUGGGCAGGCCUUCGGACAGGGCUUUGACAGCGCUGGAACUUAUAGCAAAGACUGGAAAUUUAGAAAUUCUCGAUCUCCUGCAGGCGGCAGGAGUGGAGGAGUCUGCGUAA